ACGUGUUCCGUGACGUGUCCACGUCGGCUACCGGAAAGUACGUCAUCUGAUGGAUUUAAAGCUUUUUAUUUUAUUUUGCUGGAUAAAGAUUAAUCUCGUUCGAAGAAAAUUGAUUUUUGUCGUUAAUCUGUGACUCGGGGGUAGGAUCCACCCGUGAUUAAAACGACUGGUAUGACGUGACGGACAGUGUUAAUUUGUAUCAAAGGGAAAGCAACACCUGGGUCCACGUAGUACGUUCCCAACCAUGAGGAGGUGACAGCCAGAUAACUCUGCUGCUACGUCUUGCUGCUUGGACAUAUGGCAAGGAUCACUUUCUCAUGCCUGCCAGCCUCCUGGUACUGCAGUGUGUCCUUGCUGUCUCUGGGUUGUGUGCCCAGGCAAAGGGCCUUCUUCCUGGUGUUCCUCACCUGCUCUGCUCUGGUUUUCCUGGGGGUCUACCAGACUGAGCUCUGGGGGCCCCAGCGCCACAGGGGACACGUCAACAAAUACCUCUCAUCUGUGGAGACCAUGGAGGCUACUGAUGUCACCAACGCAGCUCUAAACUAUGGGAUCGUGGUGGACUGCGGCAGCAGCGGCUCCAGGGUGUAUGUGUACUACUGGCCCCCCCACCAUGGAAACCUCCACACCCUGCUGGACAUCAGGCAGAUGAGGGACCACGACCGCCACCCUGUGGUCAAGAAGAUCAAACCUGGUAUUUCCACCAUGGCGCUGAGCCCAGCCAAGGCCAGUGACUACCUCCACCCCCUCCUUUCCUUCGCUGCCACCCAUGUCCCCAGGAAGAAACACAAGGAGACUCCUCUCUAUAUCCUCUGUACUGCUGGCAUGAGACUGCUGCCUGAGAGUCAGCAGGCUGCUAUCCUGGAGGACUUGGUAAGAGAUGUUCCAGUGGAGUUUGACUUCCUGUUCUCCAGCUCCCAUGCAGAGGUGAUCUCUGGGAAACAGGAAGGUGUGUAUGCAUGGAUUGGUAUUAACUUUGUGUUGGGACGCUUUGACCAUGCAGAGUACGAAGAUGAUGCAAUGGUGGAGGUCACUACAGGGUCACAGAACCAUCACCCAAUUAGCCGGCGGCGUACAGUGGGCAUCAUGGACAUGGGCGGAGCCUCGCUGCAGAUAGCCUAUGAGGUGCCUAGCGCGGUCCACUUCAGUUCACCUGAACAGGAGGAGUCGGGUAAGAGCCUGCUGGCAGAGUUUAACCUGGGCUGUGAUUCAGAGCACACGCAGCACGUCUACCGUGUAUAUGUCACCACGUUCCUGGGGUUCGGGGGGAACAUGGCUCGACAGCGCUACGAAGACCAGCUGGUCAACUCCACCAUCACCAAGAACAGGCUGACAGGCGAUCAGACAGGCAUGAUGGAAGCCACACCCCUUGCGGACCCAUGCCUCCCUGUCGGCCUAUCAGACGUGGUGCGUCGGGACGGCCGUGCGGUCCACCUGAGAGGGCAGGGGGACUGGGCCCGGUGCCAGGGGGCAGUCAGGCCUUUCCUGGGUCUCCACAACGGCACCAUGGGAUCCCCCAGGGGGGUGUACCAGGCCCCCAUCGACUACAGCAACUCAGAGUUCUACGGCUUCUCUGAGUUCUUCUACUGCACCGAGGAUGUACUGAGGAUGGGGGGACCGUACGACAGCGCUAAGUACUCCAAGGCUGCCACGGACUAUUGUGCCACCAAGUGGUCAACCCUCACCAAGCGUCUGGACAGCAAGCUGUUCUCUAAACAAGCAGACUCCUCCAGACUGAAGUACCAGUGUUUUAAGUCAGCCUGGAUGUUCCAGGUACUCCACUCAGGCUUCAGGUUCCCUAAGGACUACCCCAGCCUUAAGACUGCUCAACUGGUCUAUGACAAGGAGGUGCAAUGGACCCUGGGAGCCAUCCUGUUUAAGACACGCUUCCUGCCUCUCAGGGACCUCCAGGCAGAGUCAUUUAAACAGGGCCACUCCAACUGGCUGCGUUCCUCCUUCGUCUACAACCACUACCUGUUUUUUGCCUGUAUCCUGGUGGUCCUGCUGGCCAUUCUGCUGUACAUCCUCCGCCUCCGCAGGAUCCACCAGCGAGAACAGAGGCAGGCAGAGGCCCUGGACCUGCUCUGGGUGGAGGAGGGGGAAGCUCUUCUGGCCUGACCCAGGAUCAGUUUAGACUCUUUCUUGACCUGAGGCCUUGGGUGUGGGGGGGUUACUGAUCUAGGAUGAGUCGAGAUGCUCUCAGUAACUGGUGUUCAUAGCCUGGUAUGCACAGCUCUAGGAUCAACCUUUCACCCUCUGAGUUGUAGGCUUGACUGGUGCUCUAUUUGUUAAGAGGCACUGAUAUAGGAUCAGAUUAUCAACCGCAAAUCAUGACCUUGACUUGGACCAACGCCCUGUUGGGACAAUGAUCUAGGACCAGCUUAGUCACGCUGAAUCAUAAAGUUGACUUGGCUAGAAAUGCAAUAGCAACGUCAUCCUACAACAAAGGUUUUAAUUAUGGGGGUGCUGGACACUCCCGUUUUUUACUAAUCUUUACACCCCAGAUACAGAUAUCAACGCUGACCUGAUCGUGAGCACCCUUGUAAAACAGAAAAUAUCAACCAAGGUCCAAAUCACUAUUUAUAGUAACCUCUGACCUAGAGUGUUGAUGUAAACAUAAGUAGGAGGGGCCAUGGAACUGGAACCUUCAAAAGGGGGAGGAGAAUUGCAGGAUGUGGGCGAAACAUCAUAAAGGGAGAACUAGAUCGUUAAAACAACGAAACAGGAGAAUCCCAACAGGUGAAAGCCUGAGGGCCGAGCCAUUCUAUUUCUAUUGUAGAUAAUUCACUGUUGCAGAGGGACCACUGUGUUGGCCAUUUUGUGUGAAGGAAGGUGAAGCUUGACGUUUGAGGCUGAAGUUGCCCUUAACCACAGAUCUAGAAUCAAGUAACCUACUCCUAAUCCUAACCUUAACCAUGAGGGGGAUGCAAAUAAAAUCUGACCCUGUAUCUGUGGUUAGUGGUAACUUCUAGCUACUCUUUGAUGAAAAGGGUGCCUCUAUGAUUGUCUGUUUUGGACAGUAUUGUAACCAUGAUGAUAGUUUCUAUCUGACCAGUAUACUUCCUGUAAAUCUCACAAACAGGAAGUGCAUUAAUUCCUUAAUAAUCCCACUGUGGGAAUGCUUUUGUAUUGAAAAACUACAAUGAGGAAUCAAACAUGGGGUGGCAGGUAGCCUAGUGGGUUACAGCGUUGGGCCAGUAACCGAAAGGUUGCUUGAUCGAAUCCCCGAGCUGACAAGGGAAAAAUCUGUCGUUCUGCCCCUGAACAAGGCAGUUAACUCACUGUUCCACAGGCGCCGAAAGACGUGGAUGUCGAUUUAAGCAGCCCCCCCGUACCUCUCUGAUUCAGAGGGGUUGGGUUAAAUGUGGAAGACAUUUCAGUUGAAUGACUGGGACCACUGACUAGGUAUCACCUUUCCCUUCUCAAACAAUUUAUUACAGGGGUUCAUUGAAUGUCCUUAAUGUUUUUAAACUGUUUGUUUUGGUGCUGGGAACAGAUUGUUCUGAGCCAGUUAUGUUGAUGACAAACUAGGAGUGAAACGGUUUGUCAGUGUUUAAUGGAUUGAAGUUGAUGCCUUCUGAUUGCAUUGUGUUGAACUGUGGUACACACACACACACACACACAACUGAACUCCCAAGUUGUGUGUUACGAUGGGUCUAUGUCAGACUGUCAAUGUUAGUUACCCACCAGCUCCUGCCCUGUACUGUAAAUAUCCAAUCAGACAUCACUAUCAGUCUGCUCUACUCCUCUUGAUAAUGUUGGGAGGUAUUGCUGUUGUUAAAGGAGAUGCAUUGAAUUGCUAAUCAAAGGAGCCAUCUUGUUAUUUUGAAGCUGUAUAAUUUGAGUCGUCACAGUGCAAGUGGAAGUGUAGCGUCAGUGAUUUUAAUGUCAAUUCAUCACACUUCCUUUUAGCUUUGGACUCUUUCUCCGGCUGAAACCUUCAGGGCAGCAUUUGAAUGGGGUCUUAUACCUUCCCUCGGUUUGACCUCUUGUCAGUGCAGCAUUUGAAUGGGGUCUUAUACCUUCCCUCGGUUUGACCCGUUUGUUUUGUUGUUAAAAUCUACAAGAGGAAGGGGCCUCUAAUUGUUGCAGCUCUAUUUUGAAUUUUGACUCUUCCUAAAGAAGGACCAAUGAUCAACUGGACCAAGUUUGUGUUCCAAAUGGCACCCUAUUCCCUAUAUAGUGCACUACUUUAGAGCAGGUCCCAUAGGGCUUGGGUUAAAAGUAUUGCACAAUGUAGUAAAUAGGGUGCCAUUUGGGACGUACUCCUGUCUUGUCGGUCUCUUAUUGAGGAAAAAUAACUACAUGGAUGUGGAAAACAAACAUCUGUUUUAAAUAAAUCAA